AUGUCAUCAUCUCGGCCGAAUCGUCGCAUCGAACGGUCAUGCGAGGUGUGCCAUCGCCGAAAAGUUCGCUGCGACAAGAAAUCCCCUUGUUCGCAAUGCAUUCGGAGUAAAUUCGAAUGCUCUUAUCCGUCUUCUGUUGCACCGCCUGCGAGAAGGCCUAGAAAGACGACUAUCAAUGAUGUUGCCAGUCGCAUUUCGCAGAUGGAGAGGACUAUUGAGUCGUUUCGGGCACAGCAAGAUACUAUUGCUUCGCCGAAGGAAACUGCUUCUACAACACCUUCUGUUACAUCGGAAAAGACCCCUGUCUUUUCUGGAACAGUGACAGCUGGUGCUGGAGCAAGUGAUGGAUUUCCAAGACAAACUGCUGGACGACUAGAGGGUCUUUUGUUGAACAAAGGAAAAUACAGUCAUUAUGUUAAUGAAGUUCUUCUUUCACGGGUUAUUGAACAGGAAGAUGAUGUACGAACAGCCUUGGCAACACCAAGAGACGAACUUCCCCACGAUGUCAACUCUCCCGCCUCCCCCUUCAACCCCAUGACCCUUCUAUCUCCCAGUUUCUCAACCGAAUCACUCGCAAGCUAUCAUCCUCCCAAAAAGGCGGCUAUCCGUUUAUGGAAAAUAUUUGCCGAUUGUGUCGACGUUUGUACCAAGGUCACUCAUCUUCCUACUUCAGAAACAAUCAUCUACACAGUCACCAGAGAUCCUACACAGGCGUCGAUUGAAAACCUGACCUUUUGUUUUGCUAUUUAUUAUUCUUCUAUUACUGCUUCAACUCCUGAAGAUGCGCUUAAUAUCACGGGUGAGGAUAGGAAGAAGGCGCUUCAGCGGUACAAGGCAGCUAUGCGCGUUCACAACAUAAAUUCAGGUCGAGCAGUUUGGAUCAUGAACGGUCUCGCCCUUCGAGCAGCACAAUCCAUCGGUCUUCACAGAGACGGCAGCAAACUCGGCCUAUCACCUUUUGAAUCAGAGAUCCGCCGCAGAUUAUGGUGGCACUUUCUCGAAAAAGACGGCCGAGGAGCCGAAGACUACGGCCUUCAGAAUCCAUCCACUUCUAGCCAUAUAUACGGCGUCGAACAACCGCGAAAUCUCCACGACAGUGAUAUUUUCCCAGAAAUGAAGGAACUUCCUCCCUCAAGACCGGAUUUUACACGAAUGACACUUCCGCUAUGUAGUAACCAGGUCUCAUGCGCUUGGGCUCAGAUAUUGCAGAUGAGUUGCUCACCAGAGGGUUUACCAAGUGAAGAUACCAGAAAACAAGUCAUACAAGAAGCAAUGGCCAAAGUCGAAGGGAUUCUCCAGCGCUGCAACCCCGUCAUUCCCGAACAGCGAAUGCAAAUGCGCAUCUCACGUUUAAUCCUCCGUAAAGUCGACCUCGUCUCUCGUCGCCAAUGGCAAGCCCUCCGCCAACCUAACGGCGACGAAACCCUCGCUACAGAAACCGACGUCGCCGAAGCAGUCGACCUACUCGAGCUCGCCAACGACAUGUGGCGCGACGAAGACAUGGUUGUAUUCCGCUGGAUAGCCAGUGCGUUUCCGCAGUAUCACAUGAUGCUGUAUAUUCUACGACACUUGUGCGUGCGGCCAGGGGGGCCGAUGGCGAAGAAGGCGUUCUCGGCGGUGGAUGUGCAUUUGGAGAGUUUUAGGUUGAGUGGGUGUGGGCCGUUGAAUGGAUUGAAGUGGACUGUUCUUACGACGUUGAGGGAUAGGGCUUUUGUGCUGAUGCAGAGGGUUGAGAGGGAGAGUAGGGAGAGGGAGGUUGAAGUUGGGAAUUUGCAGGAUGGGGAUCUUGCCAUGUUGGAUUGGACGACGAUAUUGGAUCAGUUUCAGAUGGAUGGGGAUGACUUUUCGCUGAUAUUUUGA